ACUUGCUUUCUGGACAUUCCAGGACCUGAUUUCCCGACAUGUCUGGGAGCCCAAAGCACUCCAUUUUGAACGUGACAAGUUUAUUCUCCUUUACCAGCCCAGUUGUGAAGAGGCUUCUAGGUUGGAAACAGGGGGAUGAAGAAGAAAAAUGGGCAGAGAAGGCUGUGGAUGCUCUGGUCAAAAAACUGAAGAAAACGAAGGGUGCAAUAGAGGAAUUAGAAAAAGCUCUGAGCUGUCCAGGGCAGCCCAGCAACUGUGUCACCAUUCCCCGAUCACAGGAUGGCAGGGUGCAGAUCUCCUUCCGCAGAGAGAUGCCGCAUGUCAUUUAUUGUCGCGUGUGGCGCUGGCCAGACCUUCAGAGCCACCAUGAACUGAAACCACUGGAAUGCUGCGAGUUUCCCUUUGAUUCCAAUCAGAAGGAGGUCUGCAUCAAUCCAUACCACUACAAACGGGUAGAAAGCCCCAUUCUUCCACCUGUGUUGGUUCCAAGACACAGAGAAUGUGAUCCUCAGCACAGCCUGUUACCUCAGUUCCAUAACUUGGGACAAAAUCAGCCUCACAUACCACUCAAUGCCACUUUCCCUGGACAAAAUCAGCCUCACAUACCACUCAAUGCCACUUUCCCAGGACAAAAUCAGCCUCACAUACCACUCAAUGCCACUUUCCCAGGACAAAAUCAGCCUCACAUACCACUCAAUGCCACUUUCCCAGGCUCUUUCCAACAACCCAGCAGCCAUCCUUUCCCUCAUUCUCCCAGCAGCAGCUAUCCAAACUUCCCGGGAAGCAGCAGGAGCAGCACUUAUCCACACUCUUCUACCAGCUCAGGUCUGGGAAAUCCUUUUCAGAUGCCAGCAGAUGCUGCUCCUGCUGCUUACCUCCCUCCCCAAGACCCCAUGGCCCAAGGUGGCUCACAGCCAGUGGAUACAAACAUGAUGGUUCCUCCCGUGCCUCCAGAAAUAACCGGUGGAGAUGUGCAGGCAGUGGUUUACCAGGAGCCAAAACACUGGUGCUCUAUUGCCUACUAUGAGCUCAACAAGCGUGUGGGUGAAGCAUUCCGUGCCUCCUGCACAAGUGUGUUUGUGGAUGGUUUCACUGAUCCUUCGGACGACACGAACCGGUUCUGCCUUGGGUUCCUCUCCAAUGUUAACCGGAAUUCUACUAUUGAAAAGACCAGACGGCACAUUGGCAAAGGUGUUCACCUGUAUUAUGUGGGAGGGGAAGUCUACGCGGAGUGCCUGAGUGACAAUAGCAUUUUUGUUCAGAGCCUCAACUGCAACUACCAACAUGGCUUUCACCCCACCACCGUGUGCAAGAUUCUCAGUGGCUGCAGCCUCAAGAUUUUUAGCAACCUGGAGUUUGCCCAGAUAUUGUCCCAGUCAGUCAACCACGGCUUUGAGAAGGUCUAUGAGCUCACAAAAAUGUGCAUAAUCCGGAUGAGCUUUGUGAAGGGCUGGGGAGCAGAAUACCGCCGGCGGGAUGUAACCAGCACUCCCUGCUGGAUCGAGAUCCAUCUGCACGGUCCUCUGCAGUGGCUGGAUAAAGUUCUUAGUCAGAUGGGAUCACCUCAUGAUCCCAUUUCAUCUGUGUCAUAAAUGCCCCCCUCCCCUCCCCAGGAUCCUGCCUCUUUGGGAAUUCUUGAGCCUGGCAUGUACUGGAAGGAUGUGUGAGUCAGACACCUUUACAAACUGCCAACAGGCUGAAAAGGAGACUUGGUAAUUCUUGAUCUCUCUGACCAACUGUUGGAUUCAGAAACUAAAACUAUUGAAACAUACUGCUGGUAUCAAGACCUCGUUUCCUUUACAUUGUAACAUUCUCUUGUAAAGUCAACUGGAUGCAGAUCUUUCAGCGGGGGUUUGUGUAUCACUCAAGAAGAAACGGCCAAAUGAGGGACAAUUUGUCCGAGGGACAAGCGUUCCUAAGAGAUCCAUUUGUGUUUGGCACUUUCAAGGGCAUUGUUUGGCAGGUGUUUAGCAUUAAGCCUUUAGUCUCAGAAGUGUGUGUGUGUGCGUGUGUGUUUUAAUUCGGUUGGGAGCCCAUGAUGAUAGUCUCCUUUUUUUUUUAAAUGGGCUUUUCAUUAUACAUAAUUUAAAAAAACCUAUUUGUUUAGUAAGGAUUCCUGGGUUGUUUUUUUGUUUGUUUGUUUUGUUUGUUUUUUUACACAAAGGUUAAUCUUGAUGAUAUAGAGUGUAAUCAUCUUUCUAAAAUUUGUGGGCUGACCACACUGCUCUCACAAUAAUGUUAGCAUCUGUUCUCUGCUACAUGUGUAUGGACAGUGUAUUUGGAAGUUUAGAAUUGAUUAGACUAGAGGAUUUUAGUAGUGUUGGGGAUAGGAGAAUGGGGGGAGGGGAAGGGAAUGUGACAACUGAAAAUGUAGACCAUACUGUAAACCCAGUUUCUUAGUUUAAAUAAACAAACUGAUGUCUGAACUUUUACUGUGCAUUUCAUUU